AUGUAUGGGUCGCUUAGCCACGAAGAAGCUAGACCACAUCGUGGUUAUAUUGUUAUGGACGAGGACGAGAACACAUUCUUCCCCACUCUCACCGCUAGAGAAACGAUCGAGUUUACUACACGCUUAAACGUUGCCCAUAACGCCCUAACUAGCCCUAGCUCCUCCGAAGAGGCAAGACGUAUAACUAUAGACUUUCUCUUCCGCAUGCUCAAUAUCUUUUAUGCCAAGAACACGAAAGUCGGGAACGAAUAUAUCCGUGGAGUCUCCGGUGGUGAGAGAAAACGUAUCGGUAUUGCGGAGGUCAUGGCUACUUAG